UAGAAAGGGAAGCUCUCCACCGUUUGGCCUUUCAAGUCGGUGCCACAUGCCACAAGAAAUAGAGCUUGAAAUUUAUGCCUUUGAAUGUGUGAUUAACCAAGAGGCUCUGUUCAAUACUCGUUGGAGCAAUUAGAAACAAACCAGGUGCUGUCUCUUUUCCUUUGAACAGAGAAAAGAGCAUUGAAGCUCAUAUUCACAGGUGAAGAUGUCGCAUGAAUUUCUUGCUGUCCAUAGCAUGUCGUCAGCUUCAAAGCUUUGGACUUCAUGACCGGAGCUUUUAGCAUUAAAAUUGAGCUGUUCAUGAACAAUUGAUUCCAAUUCGUCAGGGGGAGCUUUGAGCAUUGAAAUGAGGCCGUUCAUGAACAACCGUUUUGUUUCAAUGCGUUAAGUGUUUGAGAGCAGCAGCGUCAUUUUGGGAAGACUCUAAUAAUUUUGGUCGUUCAUGAACGGCCUAUUAGAGUCUCGAAAGAUCGACCACUAGACACAAAAGGAUUAAUUGGAGGGAAGGUAGAUGUAUACCUGCAAUUCUUUUCCUUCUUUCUCUGGAAGCGAAAGUUGGAGUGUCCGACCUUCUUCUCUGUUUCUUUUCUUUCUUAGUCUAUGUAUUUCUUGCUCUAUGCCUCUCCUCCUCUGGUUUGAGACAUGUCGUCUGAUUUCAAGUUAGAGGGAGUUAAAGACCACGAAAUUGAGGACCCAGAAGUUGGUUCUCCAAAUGGAAUACAUAAUAUUCUUGCGGAGCGAAGAACUAUGACUCUCAGUGACAGGUUGUUUAGAGGGAAUCGAGCAGGGCAUGGUGACACCAUCUCUUUUAGUCCGAGUGACGGAAAUGAAAAGCAUGGACAUGGGUCAGCAAAGAAAUCUGGACCUCUGUUGUCUGGGACAGCAUAUUGCAUUUCAUCGUGCAGCAUGAUAUUGCUGAAUAAAGUUGUUCUAUCCAGUUACAACUUCAAUGCAGGAGUAUCAUUGAUGUUUUAUCAAAAUUUGAUAAGUACUGUAAUUGUUGUAUUCUUGGGCUUCUCUGGAGUUGUUACUGUGGAAAAGCUCAAUUGGAAACUGAUUAAGGUCUGGAUCCCUGUUAAUGUAAUCUUCAUCGGCAUGCUUGUAUCAGGCAUGUAUAGUUUGAAAUACGUAAAUAUUGCAAUGGUGACCAUUCUGAAGAAUGUGACAAAUAUUUUAACAGCACUGGGAGAACUAUACAUGUUCCGGAAACACCAGAAUCAGAAAGUGUGGACUGCCAUGUUUAUGAUGAUUAUCUCUGCUAUCAGCAGUGGCAUUACAGAUAUCUCCUUUGAUACUGUAGGUUAUGCUUGGCAAUUUUCAAACUGCAUCCUAACAGCAAGCUACUCACUCACUCUACGGCGAGUAAUGGAUGAAGCAAAAAAGUACACAAGAUCCGGAUCUCUAAAUGAAGUUUCAAUGGUCUUGCUGAAUAAUUUGCUAUCUCUACCUUUUGCUGCCUUCUUGAUUAUUCUGUUUGAUGAAUGGGAAUAUGUGAUCAAUGCGGAUGUAGUUAAGUUGCCAGUGUUUUGGGUUGUUGCAACAGCUAGUGGAUUGCUUGGACUUUCCAUUAGCUUCACUUCCAUGUGGUUUCUACAUCAAACUGGCCCAACCACCUAUAGUCUGGUGGGUUCCUUAAACAAGAUUCCUAUCUCUAUUGCUGGUUUAGUCCUGUUCAGGGUGCCUCUCAGUCUACCAAACAUCUUCAGCAUACUAUUUGGUUUAUUUGCUGGAAUAUUUUUCGCCAGGGCAAAAAUGACUUGAUUCGAUCAGAAAGAAAUUAUUAGGGUGAAGAUGAAGGAAACGGUUCCAUAGACAAUCGUAAUAUAUCUUCUCAUGGCAAGACAAAAAAUGGCUGCACAAAUUUCCUGGAAACUUGGUUUCUUUGCUUUUGGUUGAAGAAGGCUAAACGUUUCCUUCCUCUGCAAACAUAUAGCUUCAAGCCACCAAUGAGUUACAGGAGUAGGAAAUAGCAGCUCUAUACGGUUACUAGUUAAACAGACUAUUGCUUAUUCGUUUAUUAUAGUGCAAGAGAGGAACAUAUUCAUGCACAACUUCUUAUUAUCAACAAACAUGUAAUACUUUGUACGUAGCUAAAGUUUUGUUAAUUGAACAGUAUCUGUCUUUUCUGGUCAAAUGAUCAUUCUUGCCUAUUGAUCAUAUUGGGUCCAGAGAUCUUCUGUUGACAACCGUCUCCAUAAUAGGAUGAUGAAAUAUUGCUUGAUAAUUGGAUGAUUCUUGGCUGCGCCCGGCGUAAAUUACGCUUGUAACAGCGGUUAACGGAAGGUCAAUAUGGUCAUUCAACAAUACACAAACGACAAGCCAGAUGGAGUGGGUAAAAACAAACCCUUUACUGCGGUCCCAUCCCUCUCAACGAGGGACGAAGUGGUCAUUUAAUAUUCCACUCCCUCUUACCUGCCAAGUUGUGUUGUCGAAGCUGUAUCUCAUCAAAAACUCUGAAGUACGGCGAUCCACACCGAAAUUGAAGGUAAGUUGCUGCAAGCGGCAAUCAAGUAUCUCAGCAAUUGAGAAGUCUGAUGAGGAAUAGAUGCUUGCGAUGAGAUAGAAGAUGAAGGUUCGGAGGUUGAAGAUGAUGAUGAUGGCUGAAGGUUGAGAUUCGAAGAGCUCUGAAACUCUGAAAGCUCAGGAGUCUCUGUGUUUCCCUGAGAUUCAAGGCUGUGGUUGAUUUGGUUCUCUGUUUCUCAAGAGAAAUCUGAGGAAAAUAACCGUGGCAGCGGCGACAGUUUCAGGAUUUCGGGAAUAAUGGGUGCAACUCGGAGCAGAAUGGCAAAAUGGCGUUUUUGAAUAAUGGGUCCCCAAUUUGUAGCUCGUCUACAGCAUUACGGUGCAGCUUCUCAUGAAGGUGGGAGCAGUGAUACUAGAAGCCAUUCAAGCUGGAAAACAUGGAAACUCGCCGGAGAUCUCAGAAAGUUCUCCCAUUCGAUUUUCUAUCUCAAGCUGAUGGAUGGACAAUAGGAUAAGACACGCUUCUUCACCUCGCCAAGACGAGUUACCACCACCGGUCUCACUUGCAGCCGUGGCCGGAGUUGGAAACUAGGUCGGAGAACCCGAGAAGUUGGGUCGCUUCUCGCCGCUGAGACGUUGGGUCGAGUCGCUGCAAAACUGGUCGAGGAAACGGGUCUGUGUGGGAUUGCAAUCUUGUGCUUCUCAAGCUCAUCCAAACUUAUAUGUAUUUGAAUCUGACGCUCCAGGUUUUGCGGAGGUUAAGAUGGACGCUCCAGAUUAAACCGCCUCAUAAAUCUAUUUUAAAUUAAUUAUAGGAUAAUACCAAAAAUCAUUAAAAAUAGCUCGGGAGUCCGAAAAUCCUCCAAAAAUUCCUACAAACUCGUAGCGACCUCUAUUUUAAUCAUUAGCAAAUUACCAAUAACUACAAUCUCAGCCCAUUUAUUACCAAUAGCAGGCCUGUUUUUUUCUAAUUCCCUUGCGGUACUGUAGCUGAAUCCAAAUUACCAAAAUAACCUCUAUAGACUUAAUGUACUGGGCUUCAGUAUCAUUCCGAGGAAUUGCAGAUUUAAUGUA